AUGUCAGAUACACCAAACCCUACAUUCGUGGCGCCUGUUGCCCCCGAACAAACCGCGGCUCCAACGAGCCAUCCUGAGGGCCAGCCCCAACUGGGACAACAUGGGGGUAUUGACGACGGCGGGCCCGAGCGCGAGGACGAAGACGGCGUCGAGGGCGGCAACGACAGCUUCAGCGGCCAUCCUACGACCUGGCUAGAUGUCCCAGGAAUCGGCUACGUGUUGGACCAUUAUGGGGAUAUGGGCAGCUUCGCGGAGCCAGACGGCGUGUUCCCAACUGUCACGUACUGCCUCGGCUUCGGGGAUCCCGAGGAAACCCAUCUCGCCGGGCGUUGGCGCUCCAACACAUGCGUGCCGAGUGAGCUUUCGAUGAUGUGGUUCAUGAACGCCAUUACCGACAAGCCAGAGUGGGCGCGCAAGAUUCACGACGAGCAGAUCCUGGGCAAGUGGCGCGCCGAGCUCGACCGUUUUGUGACCAAGGCAACAGAGGUACCGGGGUCCACCUACUCUUACCCCGAAACUCCGUUGAAGUUUGGCUUCCGCCCCAAGAUGUGGGAGUACUGCAUCGCCGAGCUGAAGGACAAGGCCAAAGUACUGGCCCAGACGGGUGCCGUCAGCGUCUUUGACGGUGGCGCUGCUGUGAUCAAGGCCGAUGGGCUGGUACCCUCCGAAGUCAAGACCAUGCUGCGCGCCGCCGCCGCCAAGUUUGAAGACGUACCCGACAGCGAGAAGGACUGGCAUCCGAACAGCGACGAUCGCGUGCUCGACCUAGUGCACCCGUCGCUGUUCCCGCUGGUGUACGAAAAGACCAGAAUAGUCAAGGACACGCCACUCAACCUGUCCAACGCGCUCGACGCGUACGGAUCAGGCGAGGUCAUUGCCCUGCCGGUAUCUGAAGACUUUGAGUCUGAUAAUCGCGAGUUCUUUUCCGAGCACUUUCAGUGGCUCCCGGCCGAGGUCAAGUUCUCAGCUCGCACCGGCGAAGUCAAGAUCGACAGCUACAUCAACAAUGCCCACCCGUACGAGUUUUCCGGUAUCACAGCGGACGAUAUGAGCGUGGCCAAAAAUGAUGGGCACGAGCCCUUCCGGCUGCAGGAGCUGUCUGGCGAUGACCGUGAGGGCAAUCUCCAGGUCAUUGUUAAGCUGGCAAACAUCCACUUGACGCCCGAAAAGCCGACCUACGACGGUGGGACCUGGCACGUCGAGGGACUGCGGAACGAAUCAAUCUGCGCAACAGCGCUGUACUACUACGACAACGAUAACGUGACACCCAGUACUCUGAGUUUUCGGACGGGUGUUGAUGCCGAGAACUUGAGGCACAACUUCCGGUACGAACAGGGCGACAGGAGCGCCAUGGUCCAGCUAUACGACGGCCAUGUCUUCUCCGCCGAGUGGGGCGCGACCCAGGAGCUAGGCAGAGCAACAACGGUCGAGGAUCGUCUCCUCGUCUUCCCCAAUGUGUACCAACACAAAGUGAGCAGCUUUGAGCUGGUCGACAAGACCAAGCCAGGCCACCGUAAGAUCCUCGCCCUGUUCCUAGUCGACCCGGCAACGCGCAUCAUUAGCACGCAGCAUGUGCCUCCACAACAGCUGGGAUGGGCAUCCCUCCCCGGGGUCGAUGGCCGACUGCCCCGCGAGGUGGCGUCCAUGGUCGAAGAGGAGCUCGACUGCCCAUACAGUCUCGACGAGGCCAAGGAGAUUCGCCUGGAGCUCAUGGAGGAACGAACGGCAAGCAACGAGGAGAUCAAUGAAGGCAUUGCUCAGGAGGUCGAGUUCAACUUUUGCGAGCACUAA